GCGCCGGUUGCCUGACAGGCGGCUGAGCGAACAGGCGCUUGAGGCCCCGGGCACGUCACGGCGGGGGCGGGGGCGACGGCGGCGACUUCCCGGCUCCCACCCGCGCUAGCCGCACGCACGCGCACUGCGCCCAGCAUGAGGGUCGCAGCUCUGAUCAGUGGUGGGAAGGACAGCUGUUAUAAUAUGAUGCAGUGCGUUGCUGCUGGGCAUCAGAUUGUUGCUUUAGCAAAUCUAAGACCUGCAGAAAACCAAGUGGGGUCAGAUGAACUGGAUAGCUACAUGUAUCAGACAGUGGGUCAUCAUGCCAUUGAUUUGUAUGCAGAAGCAAUGGCUCUUCCCCUCUACCGCCGUACCAUAAGGGGAAAGAGCAUGGAUACGGGACCAGUGUACACCAAAUGCGAAGGUGAUGAGGUUGAAGAUCUCUAUGAGCUUUUGAAACUUGUUAAGGAAAAAGAAGAAGUAGAGGGAAUAUCAGUAGGUGCUAUACUCUCUGACUAUCAGCGUGUUCGAGUAGAAAAUGUGUGUAAAAGGCUUAAUCUCCAGCCUUUAGCUUACCUUUGGCAGAGAAACCAGGAAGAUUUGCUCCAAGAGAUGAUAUCAUCUAACAUUCAAGCAAUCAUCAUCAAAGUAGCAGCUCUAGGUUUAGAUCCAGAUAAGCAUCUUGGAAAAACCUUGGAUCAAAUGGAGCCCUAUCUCUUAGAGCUUUCUAAGAAAUAUGGAGUCCAUGUUUGUGGAGAAGGUGGAGAAUAUGAAACGUUCACUUUGGAUUGCCCUCUAUUUAAGAAGAAAAUAAUUGUAGAUUCAUCAGAAGUAGUCACACAUUCAGCUGAUGCAUUUGCACCUGUGGCUUACCUACGCUUUUUAGAAUUGCACUUGGAGGACAAGGUGUCCCCAGUACCUGACAACUGCAGAACAUCUAAUGAUAUACACAACGUUUGAAAAACAUUUUUUGUUACUAACCUGCUAUUUCUAUUUAAAUUUAAAAAUUACAUAGCAUUGUCCUAAUUAUUUUGUGCCACUUUUUCUCGUUACCCUUUUUUUUAAUUCUUAGAAAUAUUUACUUUAUCAGAAAUUAAUAGAACCAUUGACUGGUUAACACAUCCUGUGCAUCAUCUCUGGUAGAUUUUUCUUUUCCCUUUUACUUCAUCUGCAGUCCUUGUUUUCUGCUCUCAUCUCAGCCAAUGAUAUGAUGCAAAGGCAUUUGAAAAUGAAGAUGAAAAGGCAAUCACUAUAUUUAGUUAAUCACAUUUACUGGGUGUCAUCAUUUUUGUUUUGCAUAUAUUCAUUGCUUCAACAUUACUGGACAAUCAGGAAGAAUACCAUUAGCUCUUAUUGGUUAUUUUAUAAUUGAUUAAAAACAUGCAGUUUUUCAGCAUUACCUAUGUUGACUUCAGGCUGUUUUUUGAACUCACAGAAAAAUUGGGCAGAAGGCACAGAGAAUCCCCACACAUGCACAGUGCCCCCCAACUAUCAACAUCCCCCACCACAACAGCACAUUUGUUACAGUCGAGGGAUUUACACUGACACAUCAUUGUCACCCAAGGUCCAUAGACAAUUCACUCGGUAUUGCACGUCCUAUGGGUGACAUGUAUCUGUCAUUAUACAUGCCAUACUGAGUAUGUCCACUGCCCUAAAAAAUCCUCUGUGCCCCACCUUUCAUCACUUACUUCCUCCAUCCCCUGGCAACCACUGAUCUUUUCAUUAUCUCCACUGUUUUGCUUCUUCCAGAAGGUCAUAUAGUUAGAAUAAUACAGUAUGUUGCCAUUUUUAGAUUGGCUUCUUUCCCUUAGUAAUAUGCAAUUAAGGUUUCUGUGUGUCUUUUCAUAAGUUUUUAAGUGCUUAAUAGUAUUCCAUUGUCUAGACAUACCAUGAUUUAUUUAUCCAUUCAGCUACUUAAGAACAUCUUGGUUGCUUCCAAGUUUUGACAAUUGUGAAUAAAGCUGCUAUAAAACA